AUGUUUGUAAUAUUUGGCCUAAUAAUGGUUGGGCUUGCGCUGGUGAGUAUGUGCAUUAAUGUGGUGCAAUUGAAGCUUGAGCAACUGUUCGAAGAGUUACUGGUGAUGGUGCUCGAGGAGUAUAAGCAAAAAGGUGUACCGCAGGAGGAAAUGAUUGUCCCUCUGGUAUUGCUUCCAAUUGAUAUGGAUGCAUUGGUGUAUCAAAUACAAUACAAUGUACUGUGGGCAAAAACUUCACGAAAAGGAACUCAAAACACAGCAGCCUCAAAAUAUUCAAUUUUCUACCAACUCCGCACCCAUCUCUCCUAUUUCACUAAGUCUAGAAGUGAUGUGACACCGACAAACUCGGAAGAUAUGUUUGUAAUAUUUGGCCUAAUAAUGGUUGGGCUUGCGCUGGUGAGUAUGUGCAUUAAUGUGGUGCAAUUGAAGCUUGAGCAACUGUUCGAAGAGUUAUUGGUGAUGGUGCUCGAGGAGUAUAAGCAAAAAGGUGUACCGCAGGAGGAAAUGAUU